UGGUCAACCCAGGGGGAGAAAAGGAAGAGAGAUGGGUUAUGCAUUUUCUCUAUUACUUGUCUUUGAUUAUUAAUAUUAAUGAUACAUAUGAGCCCCUACUUGCUACUUCUUCCUCCCUAAAAUUUCUUUCUGCGCCUAAUAAUUUCCCCCUCUAUUUACUUCCACAACAACUCGCCAAUAUAUUUCAAAACUCUCUGCAGCUUCGUACCUUAUAAUUUUAUGUCAAUAAGGUCAUAAAUCUUCCAUAACAAUGGUAUCAUCAGAAGAUAUCUGCAACAUCGGCCUUAGUCUUAGCUCAACCUCUAUUUAUCACAGGCCGGAUGAUCACCAUCCUCACCAGACCAAGAAGAACAAGUCGCUGCUGAAAUUCGAUGAUGUGUUGCCAUCUCUUACGUUGCGAUUAUCAGCAUCAUCAGAUCAAGAAGAAAAAGUCGAUGGUGAAUCCAUAGCUUUACAUCGACAGGUUUCUUCGCUCAGUACUACUGCAAUAUCAUCACACUCCAAUUCCAGUGUGAAGAGGGAGAGAGAUCUCAGCGGGGAAGAAGUGGAGCUUGAGAAAGAGUCUUCAAAGAUAUUGAGCGAUGAUCAUCAAGACGAAGCUGCAAGUGUAAUAAGGAAGAAGCUUAGGCUUACCAAAGAACAAUCGGUCGUCUUAGAAGCCAGCUUCAAAGAACACAGCAAUCUUAAUCCUAAGCAAAAGGAUGCCUUGUCUAAACAGCUGAAUCUACGGCCGCGGCAAGUGGAAGUUUGGUUUCAGAACAGGAGAGCUAGGACUAAGCUGAAGCAAACUGAAGUGGAGUGUGAUCUAUUGAAAAAGUGUUGUGAGACACUAACAGAUGAGAACAGAAGGCUGCGGAAGGAGCUACAUGAUCUGAGAUCACUGCGAGAAAAGCCGCAACCGUUUUGUGUGCAGAUUCCGGCCGCCACCCUUACGGUCUGCCCAUCCUGCGAGAGGGUUGGUGGCGGCGGCGGCGUCGACAGUGAAAACACCUCCAAAACUCCUUUCUCAGUUGGAGCAAAGCCUCACUUCUAUAAUCCCUUUAACCAUCCAUCUGCAGCUUGCUAACAAGUCAAGUUUACUGUGAAAUUCCUGUACGUAGGAAGUAGCGGCAUCUCCAUCUCUCUCCCUCUCCACAUUAAUAUACAUAUAUCUAUGUUCGUACAUCUUUAACAAAAGCCUAUGAAGGAUAUAUGCUCAAAGUUUUAAUAUAUGAUUGUGAAUUGGAAUGUACAAGUGAAAUUUGCUUUUAGUUGCCUA